UAGAUAGGUCGGGCAGGUGUCCCGGAAAAAGAGGCAACGUGGAAAGAAGGGAAGUGAACAUAUCAGAGUAGAGGAAGACCACCACCUCAAGCUGAGGAACUAUGUAAGGUCUCCUGUCCUGUCCCGUCCUCCUCUUUAAGAGUUAAGAGGUCAAGUAGGCAAAGGAAAACGAAGAAACAGCCCUGUCUUCCUUCCUCUCUUCCUCUUCUACAACCACUGCACUUGAAAAUAACUCCUUCCUUCCUGGAGAAUCGCAACUGCAUCAGACCAUUUGAUUAAAACCCCUCAAAAUCUAGUGUUCUGUAUCAUCUCUCUCUCUCUACCGGAAAUCGAGAUCGAGAACUAAUAAACUAAUUUUUUGAAGGCAUGCGGUCAAAGCCUGAGAACACAAAUGGUCUAGAUGCUGAUCUGAAGGACAUUGAAUACACCGUUAACUCUGAACCCUGGUGGCGCAAUAUCGGUUAUAGUUCCAUACCUCCUGCCAUGACUGGGGGAAAUGCAUCCAACUUAACCACACCAGAAGGACAUAAUGGUUCAGAAUCAAAUGAUGAUCAGUCUCUGUCGAGUGGUAGAUUGAACGAGGAAGAUGCUGAUGCUAACAAAGAUUCCCAAGCCACUGCAUCGUCUCAAUUAGGGAAUGGUUUACAUUACCAAAAUCUUCAGAGUGUUGUGUCAAGUAUGACUAGAACGCAUGAUGGCCUCUCCCAAUCUCCACAGUUUGAGCUUGUUAGUCACUCUAUUGCAUGUGCCUCAAAUCCAUACCAGGAUGCGUAUUACAGCGGAAUGAUGGCUUAUGGACAUCAGCCUCUGGGUUACCCUCAUUUUGUUGGAAUGCCACAUGCCAGAAUGCUCUUGCCCCUUGAGGUGGCUCAGGAACCGGUUUAUGUGAAUGCCAAACAAUACCCAGGGAUUAUUAGGCGAAGACAGCAACGUGCAAAAGCUGAGGUCGAGAAGAAGCUGAUAAAAUCUAGAAAGCCAUAUCUUCAUGAAUCUCGGCACCAGCAUGCUAUUAGAAGGGAAAGGAGCUCUGGAGGACGUUUUGCGAAGAAAAGUGGUGAUGAUGCUUCCAAGAACACAUCUGAAAGAAAGCUCAAUGGUUCUGGUCCACUUCGUGCAUCUCAGUCAGGGAGUUCAUCAGGUUCUGAACCAUUCCCCUCUGACUCUGUUGAAACUUUGAAAUCCUCUGAUGGUCAAAAAGAAGCAAGGGCGUCCCAAGUGCAUGACACUUUUGAAGCUUAUGGGUAUGCAAAUAGAGAUGGCCAUUAUCAGAACCACCAUGGCUUGCAAUCCUCUACAUAUGGCCUGUACUUGGGUGAAAACAAGGACGGAGACCGUUCACGUGAAAACGAGGAUGAAGAUCAUCCAGGCCGGCAGCUGAGGAAGCAGGCCAUAACGUCUUCUGCCCACCAGUGAACCUUGCAUGCUAAGUGGAUGCCAGGACUGGAGGGUUGAUUCACACAAGUAGAGAAACUUGAAUCCUUCCCUUAUCUGGCAACCACGCACCUGACAAUAUAUUGCCAGGCGGCAAAUCAUUCUUGGCUUUUUUUCAUCUUCUUGCUUGUGGCUUGAACAGAGGGAAGAGAUGGCGAAUCCGUGGUUGGCUUCUUUUGUCGGCCAACGGGUUGCUUGCAUCACUAUUCGCGUUCUCUCACUUUUUUCUUUUUCCUGUGUGCACACAACUGUCAAGGAAACUCAACUAGAAGUAGUCUGUGGAUAGAUUUUAGUGUUAUCAGCUCUUUAGUUUAACAAACUGUCUUGUUCGAUCACUUGCAAUUCAAUGUGGCACUGGUUAUUUCAUUU